UUCGAAUGGUGGCAGUGGGAAAACUGUUCCAGCCCUGUGCCAGUGGUCAGAAGUGAUGAAUCAUCCUGGCUUGGUCUGUUGUGUCCAGCAAACCACUGGAAUUCCACUUGUCAUCAUGGUCAAACCAGACACCUUCCUCAUCCAAGAGAUCAAAACUCUACCAGCGAAAGCCAAGAUCCAGGAUAUGGUUGCAAUUCGCCACACAGCCAGCAAUGACCAGCAAAGAACCACUAUGAUACUCCUGUGUGAAGAUGGCAGCCUGCGGAUCUACAUGGCAAAUGUUGAGAACACUUCUUAUUGGCUACAGCCUUCGCUGCAACCCAGCAGUGUAAUCAGCAUCUUGAAACCAGUACGCAAACGCAAGGCUGCAGCUGCCACAACUCGCACCACCAGCCAAGUCACAUUUCCAAUUGAUUUCUUUGAACACAACCAGCAGCUGACUGACAUUGAGUUUGGAGGAAAUGACUUACUACAGGUGUACAACAUGCAACAAAUUAAACAUCGGCUGAAUUCCACGGGCAUGUAUGUCGCCAGCACAAAGCCGGGUGGAUUUACAGUGGAAGGUGUCAACAACAAUGCCACUAUGGUAAUGACAGGGAUGCGGAUCCAGGUUGGUACACAGGCCAUUGAGAGAGCACCAUCCUAUAUUGAAAUCUUUGGUCGCACAAUGCAGUUGAACUUGACAAGAGCUCGUUGGUUUGAUUAUCCAUUUACACGUGAAGAAGCACUGCAGGCUGAUAAGAAGCUCACCAUUUUUGUUGGUGCAUCAGUUGAUCCCGCUGGAGUAACGAUGGUAGAUUCAAUAAAAAUCUAUGGGAAGACAAAAGAGCAAUUUGGCUGGCCCGAUGAACCUCCAGAGGAUUUCCCGUCAGCCUCUGUAAAUAAUGUUGCUGUUCCAAGUGUUAGCCAGAAUAACAGCACAGGGGAGGUGGACUCAACCACUCCAUCCUCCACCAGUGGUUCUGUCCUCGAGAGUUGUGAAACUGAAUCCCUAAGCUCCUUAGACCG